AUGACCACAGUAGUAGCAGCAGCAGUUCCAGACCGAUUGAAUCUUGGUAUUGAAUUUCACCAAACUGAUGGACACGUAGUGAAAAAGGUGGUCAGAGUAGAAUCUACCACCAAGAUUGGUGAGGUUACACGUCUGCUUCUCGACAAAUUUGGAAAAUCGAGUGGCGACUCCGAUGCAAUGCUCUACCAACUAUCGAUCUCUCAGAAGUUACACAAUCAACCAGUACUGAUACUCUCUGACCUAAAUAAAUCAUUAGCUGCAUAUAAUAUAAAAAAUAAUGAAGAUUUAGUGCUGAGAAGAAAACCAAAGAAAAAUCCGGCAAGUGCAAAACUGUCGCAGAAAAAGAAACCGGAUGGAAUCUUUAAGACGCUCUUCUCAAUGUCGACACUUGAGAUGAAGUUAUCCGAGGAGAAAGCAUUCGUAAAUAUCACUGAUGUCGAAGGUCAAGUCGAUGUACCAAUGUUAUUCUUCAAUGUAGUUGCAUAUCUUGAGAAUUACUUUGCAAAAGAGGGCGGUGUUUCAGAGAUAUCUAGUUCAUUUCAAUGUUAUGGAUCAGAGUACACUCAGGAGUGUAUAGAGUUACUGCGAUGUUUCAAACAGAAUGAAACCUAUGAUUUGGCGGCGAUGAUGACUACUACGCCCGGACGUGGCGGUGGCGUCAACGUUAGAAUACUUUGUAAUUUCAUAUUAGACGUCGCUGACCUACACUCUGUAUACGACAUUCCUAAAGUCAGCGACACUCGAGUCGAAAUCGAAUGUAUUCUACGAGAUUCCCACAAAGAAUCGUAUCAUAUUCAAGCAGAUCAUGUUUUUUCACCAUAUAAAGGUAUUACACAGUUAGAAGGAGAACGUGUUAUAUUCUCAUCUUGUAAUGUAUUUUGUAUAGAUAAAUGUAAUUUCCCACCUAGUAUUGCUAGUCUUGGAGAGAUAUGGGUUACAAACUAUAGAAUUGUAUUUGUAAAUUCACCGAAUCACUCUGGAAACGCAGCGUCGUCAUCGUCGUCGUCUUCGCUUCACUCAAACUCUGCCACUUCACAUGGAACUCUUCAACCUUCAUAUUCAUCAUCAAGUCUACGUGAUGCAGGUUCACUUUUAUCACAACGUCCAACACCAACUCAAUCACAAUCACAAUCCGAUAUAAAUAAUAAUAACAAUAACAACAAUAACAAUAGUAUAACAAAUAGUAAUAGCCAAUCAUCUACAUCGAUUAUAAGUACAACAACAACUGCAACUGGAAAUAUACAGAAUUCAUCAUCUAUAUCAUUUAGUUCGGUGCUGAAUCAACGAUUGGCUGCACACGACAACACAGAGAUACCACUACAGAUGAUCUAUCGUUGGAAGCUGAUAAAGACAGGCACCAUGUUUGAGUCGUUCAAGAUCUACUGUAAGGAUUUCCGUUGCAAGAUUGUCGGAUUCCUCGCGAAUUCACCGCACAUCGCACAGUUUCGUUCGGUGCUCGAGUCGGUGCGCGCUCCCACCGUCGACUCGGUGUUUGCAUUCGCCUCGCAGGAGAACACCAUCGACGCCUCAGAGAACUUUUGUCAGCGUUUGAUUCCCGGUGAGUUUGACCGUCAGGGUGUGUCUUGGGAUGAGUGGUGUGUCAACACCACCAACUCGCAGUUGAAGCUGAACACCAUGAGCUACCCACCGGCAUCGGUCAUUCCGAAAUCCGUCAGCCAAAACAUCGUUGUUGCAUCAUCGCUGUUCCGAUCCCUACGCUUUCCAGUCUUGGUUUGGCAUCAUCCAACUAAUCGCGCUUGUAUUACACGCGCUGCAUCGCCAUCCAACGACGCAUCCAACAGUUUAUCACCACCUACAUCCGCUCCACUCUCCCCGAGAUCCGGUAGCAAUAAUAAUAUUAACAAUAACAACAAUAGCAACAGCAGUAACAACAGCAACAGUAACAGUAGUCACAGUAGUAACAACAACACUAGCAGUAGCAACAGUAACAGCAACAGUAAUAGUGGAAUGAGUAGCUCUACUUCUAGCACAAAUUUGAAUAUAUUCAAUAGUCUAGGUCAUCCUCUUUCACCGUCACAUAGUUUAUCAUCGAAUCAACUAUCUAAUCCCAAUCCUUGUAAUGAGGAUAUCGAUUUUAUUAGGGCGAUUAUCGAUAAUGGAAAGAGUAGUCUUUUGACAGUUUAUGAUAUUGGAACUGUUGCAAGUCAUUCAUCGACUAUGAUUGGUUGUAAAUUUGAAUUCCUCAAUCUACCACCUAUCACCAGUGUUAAGGAGUCGUUUUCGCGAUUAUUACAACUGCACAAUGGUCAUCCCGAUAAGAAGUGGCCAGAUGUCAUUAGAUUCCACUGGCUGAAUCCUCUGAAACAGAUUCUCUCUGCUGCCAUCUUGAUUGCCACCUCUGUCGACCAAGGCCAAUCGAUAUUGGUACAGGGUGCCAACAAUGAAGAUGCCGAUACACAACUAUCCUCGAUUUCACAGCUGCUCCUCGAUGGCUACUAUCGUACCAUUGAGGGAUUCAAAGUUCUCAUUGAAAAAGAAUGGUUGGUCUACAGUAAUCCAAUGGCGCGACGAUGUGGACACGACUUGGUAAAAGUCAGGUCGCCAGGACAACAGGAAGUCGGACUCGAUCAAUACUCUCCGACUUUUAUUCAAUUCAUCUUUAUUGUUUGGCAACUUUGGAAGGAAUUCCCUUCGGCUUUUCAGUUUAAUGAAAACUACCUUUUGACGUUGGUCGACAGUGUCUAUACUUGCCGGUUCGGUACGUUCCUUGGAAACAGUUUGCGUGAGCGUGACGAACUGAUAUUCGGACGUACCAAAUCGUUCUGGUCGUUUGUUGAGCGCAAUCAACAGCAGCUGUUUGUCAACGCGCUUUACGAUCCACCCGCCAAGUCGUUCCUCAAGUGUAACCGCGUCUACCAAGAUGCCAUGUGGAACGAGUAUUUCUAUCGAUUCUGUUUCAAGUCACAGGUGGCGCUAGAGUUGCUCGACGAGAAGAUCUCAUUGUCCACCAGAGACGAGCAGCUCGAUCUCUCAUCGCUGCGACUCUAUCACAUUCCAGACGCUGCAGUUCUUUCGUUCAAUUACGUGAAGGACUUGAAUCUGGCGAGAAACAACUUGAAUUCCAUUCCAAUGAGUUUUGUUUCGCUGGUGAAUCUCGAGCGUUUGAAUGUCGAGGAGAAUCUACUGGUCAACAUAUCGGCAGAGACCAUCCGAAUCUUUGCCAAACACGUAGUUAAUCUGCGUGAAAUCAACUUUAGUUCCAAUCUCUUUGAAGAUCUUCCCAGUAGUUUGAACUCCUUCAAACAACUGCAAGUGUUAAAGUUGCGUGGUAACAAGUUUGCUUUGAUUCCCGAGGUAAUUGACCGUCUUUCAUUGACAGAACUCGACCUUUCUUACUGCCAAAUCGUUCCGAGAAUACCCAUUUCCUUGGCACCAACUCUCACUGCACUGGAUCUUUCUGGCACACAUAUGAGUCAUCUGCCAGACGACAUUGGAAGUCUGACCAGCUUGAAGGUGUUUGCCGCCAAUGAAAAUCAGUUGACUGCACUGCCAGUUUCAAUGACCAAUUUGAAACAGCUGGAGAAGCUGAGUCUCGAUUCCAACAAGUUUAGUUUGAUGCCAAGUGAAAUCUGUCAAUUGAUAUCCCUGCGUGUGUUGUCGAUGGGUGAGAAUCAAAUGUCGAUGUUGCCAAGCGAUAUCUCAAGCUUGGUGAAUCUCGUCGAGCUGAAUCUCAAGCAAAACAAACUCGAUAUUCUACCGGCAUCGAUUGGACAACUCUCGAAUCUACUCGUUCUCAAUUUGUCAUCGAAUCAACUCACUUCACUGCGUCCAACCAUGGGAUUGCUCACUUCGCUUACCGAGCUGCGUUUGGAUGCCAAUCCACUCAAGACACCGCCACCCGAGAUCCUAUCACAAGGAUUAACACCGAUACUCGAGUAUCUACGUGAUUUGAUCAAAGGACAAGAGCAAUGCUAUCGUAUGAAGCUGAUGAUUGUCGGCCAGGAGAAUGUCGGAAAGACGACACUCCUCAAAGCACUCAAAGACAAGAAGAAGAAACCACAAGCGACCGGUCCCAACAUCUCUACCGAUGGUAUCGACAUUGACAACUGGGUCAUUCCCGCACAGUUUGAAGAGCUCGACGAAAACCACCGUCCCUACAAGAAGAAACAAGACGUCACUCUGAGUGUCUGGGAUUUCGCAGGUCAGGAGAUCUACUAUACGACUCACCAGUUCUUCUUGUCGGAGCGUUCCGUCUACUUGGUUGCCUGGAACAUCAUCUUGGAGGAGGAAGCAAGUCGCGUUGAAUUCUGGUUGCAAUCGAUCACCACCCGAACCAAAGAUGCACCAAUCAUCAUCGUUGGUACGCAUCUCGACGAUUCCAACAAGACCUCGGCCAAAGCGAUCAAGAAGAAGAUGAUCGACAAGUAUUGUACUCGUUUCCCAACGAUCAAAGCUAUCAAGCUUGUGAGUUGCACCACUGGAAAAGGUAUCAGUAGUCUACGUGAAACUCUGGAGCAAAUCGUUAUCUCACAGCCAAACAUGGGUGAGAGUUUACCACGUUCCUACAUGCUCCUUGAGAAUCUGGUGAAAGAGGAAACCAAGAAGCGAAUCAUUCCGACAAUUUCAUGGACAGAGUUUAUGCAAUUAGGAACUAUUUGCACGAUCAAAGACGAAGCUGAGUUACUUCGUGCAACAAUGUUCCUCAAUCAACUUGGUUCACUUGUAUACUUCCCCAAGGAGACUGGUUUGAAACAGUUUGUUAUUCUCGAUCCACAGUGGAUUACAGUGAUGUUGUCAUCGAUCAUCACAACCAAACAUAGCUAUGCAAAAGAUGGUAUUCUCUCGCACAAGUCACUCAAGCAGAUCUGGCGUCCACCUCUCUACCCUGAGAACUUGCAUCCUCACCUCAUUGCCCUACUGGAGAAGUUUGAAAUAUCCUAUAACCUCGGCAGUAAGAAAGGUGGAGCAUACUCACAGACAAUCGAUGAGAGUGCACAGUCGUUGAUACCUUCGUUGCUACCAACAGAACGGCCAUCCGCUCUCUCCUCGCUCUGGACUUCCUACAAUCCCAAGGUGCACACCGAGCAAUUCGGAAGAAACUACAAGUUUGAGUUCAUUCCAAACGGUUUCUUCUCGCGUUUGAUGGUGAGAAUAUUGAAUUUCGCCAAGGGAGAAGCUCGUUGCUACUGGCGUAACGGUAUGCUUUUGCAGCAUGAGAACGAGCAGAUCUUUAUAGAGCUGUCGAACGCCCGUAAACUUCUUAGCUUUACAGUGCGUGGAAAGCAGUCUGCUUCAUUAUCGCGUGACGUCAUCGAAACGAUUCAAUCACUCCUCGACGAUGCAUUCCAAUUGCCAACACAAAUCUACGUUCCUUGUAUUCAUUGCAUUCAAAACAAAAACAGUCAUCCAUUCAAAUUCUCGCUGGAGGUUUGUGAGAAUGCUGCAGUCAAAGGUCUGCCUUACUUGAAGUGUCAGAAUCAAUAUCAUGUGAGAACAGAGUUGCUCGUUCCAGAUUUGGUUAUGUCCAAUUUCACAGGUUCAAAGAUAUCGUAUUCCGAGUUGAAGUUGGAAGAGUUGAUUGGCGAGGGUGGAGCUGCUCUUGUCUAUCGUGGACGUUGGAAAGGACAUGUCGUCGCCAUCAAAAAGUUGAAGACGGUGAACAACACUGAGCCCGGUCCAGGUGGAAGUGUUGAGAUCAAUGACAUCUCAUUGUCACGUGCCUUCAAGGAGUUUAGACGUGAGUGUUGGAUUAUGAGUACACUCGAACAUCCCAACAUUGUCCAACUGAAGGGUCUGUGUUUGGAUCCCUUGUGCAUCGUCACCGAGUUCCUUCCCAAUGGCAAUCUCUACCAAUUCCUUCAUCAACCGAACCAAGAGAUGAGCUGGAUUCUUCGAUUGAAGAUUGCACUCGACAUCUCCAGUGGAAUGGCAUUCCUCCAUAGUUCGACACCACCCAUUAUCCAUCGUGAUCUCAAGUCGCCAAAUAUCUUGUUGGCGUCGACCGACGAGCGUUCUCCCGUCAUUGCCAAAGUAGUGGAUUUCGGUUUGUCCGGACUCCAACACACUAUCACCAACAGAGGUGUGGAGAAUCCAGUCUGGCUGGCACCCGAGGUCAUCGAGAAACAGGAAGCUUCGACACAGAGCGACGUCUAUGCAUUCGGUGUUAUCUUGUGGGAGUUGCUUACCUACCAGGAUUUCUUUGGAGACCUUGGAUUCAUGAGUUUGCUCGAGGACAAGGUGGUCAGUGGCGAACGUCCACCGAUUCCCGACGAUUGUCCUUCGGCGUAUGCACAGCUAAUUCGCGACUGUUGGCAAAACGAUCCAAACAGCCGUCCUUCAUUCUCGGAAGUCGAAGACCGUAUCAUGGCGAUGGUGUCAGAGAUGUUCCCCAAUCUCCAAUUGACGGAACCAAACAACACAGCCGAGAAACGUCGUACUCUUCGUUCACAUCGUAAGCACGCCAGUACUAGCAGCGAAGUAAGUGAGUUACUCGAUCAAGAGUUCACAGUUGGUGGCAGCAGUUCCUCAAGAAAGAACUCCACUGCCGAGUAUCUAGCUAAUGAAACCAAUAGCGUUGGAACAACAUCAAGAAAGAAUACAACAACCUCUGAAGAUAUAGCUUCUUCUAUUACUUCUACUAUGACUACAACUUCAGCUAUGGCAACAUCAACCGGAACAACAAAUCAUACUUUGUUUACCACUUCGACAAACAACACAAUGUCUCAGAGUAACAGUAGUGUAGCCACUCUUGAUUCUAGCCAAAUUGUUGGCAUGGACAAGAGUCUGGAUAAUCUCAUCACAAUGUCACAGGAAUCCAAUUUCUUUAAGGCGCUGGCAACUACCAUUCCAACGACCAACAGCAACAGUACCGACCAGCACGGUGGUGAGAAAGCCGCCAAGAUUGGUGCAACUCUAACCAUUCCCAAGGAAGCGGAAAAGAAGAACUUCUACCAUAAUACCAAGAGAAAUUCUGUAUCGAUUCAACCUUUCUACAAUGUCUUUAAACAAGAGUUGAAUAUCGGUGAAGGAUCCAUCCAAUGUAUGGUGAUUGCUGCCAACAACAUCUGGGCAGGUACCGGAAGUGGAACCAUUUCCGUAUGGAACAAAGACACUGGUGAAAAAGUACAUUCCUUUAAAGCUCAUUCUCGUCGUAUUCACUGUCUCUACAACUAUAUGAACACAGUAUGGAGUGGUUCGGCCGAUAACAACGUAUCGAUUUGGAACUCGGAAACAUUUGCUCUGGUAAAGACAUUCAACGGCCACUCACCGACUUGUUUUGCAAGUGUUGGACACACUGUCUGGGCAGGAUCAAUCAUCAAUGUCAUUCACAUCUGGGAUAUCAAAAAGAAGGUUAAAUACAAAGGCAAGAUCACUCUAGAGUCGGGUCCGGUCGAGGCGAUACUGAAGCGCGACCAAGACGUAUGGGUGGCACUCAACAACAACCUGGUGCGAAUCGACAUCAACUCACAGCGAGUCACUCAAAUGAUAAAAGGCCAUGAGAAAGCGAUUCACUCGAUCAUCGAAGUCGACAGUACCAUCUGGACUUGUUCGAGUGACGGCACCAUCCGAGUGUGGGGUGCUCAGUCCGGCCAGAACAUCACAACGAUCAAUGCACACUCCAGUAGAAUCUUUUGUCUCACUCUGGUUGGCGACUUUGUCUGGUCGGGUAGCUGGGAUACCUCCAUCAAGAUAUGGAGUGCCAAAGACUACUCGCUGGUCGCAGAGAACCAGAGCAAACAAAAAGAUGCCAUCAGUUGUUUCGCAUUUGUAAAUAGUCCAAACAAACAGAAGCAAGUCUGGAGCGGAUCGUGGGACUCAACGAUCGCCGUCUGGAACAUCGGAUACCCUGGAUCUCUCAAUAAUUCAUUCAACUCUGACAUGUAUAGCAGUGGUGGAUUACCAACUUAUUCAUCAUCUUCAUCUGACACACAAAGUCCAUCACCUUUUUCAUCAUUUAACAACAACAAUAACAAUUCUAAUAAUAAUUUAAAUAACAAUAAUAAUAAUAGUAAUGGUAAUUUAACAACAACUACAACAACGACAACCAGUAAUUCAAAUUCAUCAAGUGAAUCUAUUUCAGCAUCAUAUCCAAACAGUUCAACACUUUUGAAUAUCAACUCAUCGACAUCUCCACCCGGUAACUCAACAUUGAGAAGUCAUGCACGACGUACAGUUUCAUUUGUUUUCGAUAAAUUUAACAAAUCUUCAAAAUAA